AUGGCGUUCAAUUCAAUUCUUCGCAACAAGUCGACUACUUUCGUUAGGGCUUUUGCUUCUGCGGGUCAAUUGAUCAGAAAAACCCAACCGGGUCAUCGCGCCGCUCUAUCCGCCGUCGUCAACCGGUUCGAGAAUCCCUUUGUUCCUAGGUCUAACUUUUCUUCUGUAGCUGUCAAGAGCAAGCCUUCCUCCGACGAGAAUCUCCUCCGUGUCAUCGAAUCAGAAAUCACAUGUGCUCAGGAAACUGAUGAAUCCGGCCAUGCUGAGGAGGUUCCGAGUAAUUUUCCGUUUAAGAUAAUUGAUAGUCCAGGACAACAGACAAUAACACUUGAAAGGAGUUAUCAAGGUGAGGAAAUUAAGGUUGAGGUUCACAUGCCUGAUUUGGUUACUGGUGAUGAGAAUGGGAAUGAGGAUGAUAAGGAUGUUGAGAGUGAGAGAGCAACUCAAUCGAGCAUUCCACUUUCAGUGAGUGUUUCUAAGAAGGGUGGACCGUCGUUGGAGUUCAGUUGCAUUGCGUAUGCGGAUGAGAUUGUUAUUGAUAGCUUGUCUGUUAAGAAUCCUGAUGUUUCGGAUGAUCAGAUUCCUUAUGAAGGACCGGAUUUUCAGGAUUUGGACGAGAGUCUUCAAAAGACAUUCCACAAGUACUUAGAAAUAAGGGGAGUCAAACCAAGCACAACAAAUUUCUUGCAUGAGUACAUGAUCAACAAGGAUAGCAGAGAGUACUUGGUGUGGUUGAAUAAGCUCAAGAGUUUCAUUCAAGCAUGA